GAUCAUGAAACCCUAACCACAUUGAAGGAUUAUACAACUGGGAACAUACCGCUGCUUUCUUUGUUUACCUCUGCCAAACUCAUACUACUUAUUUGAUUCUUGGGAAAACUGCAGUAAAUACCUCCUUUUUGGGUAGUUUAUACGCGUUUCUUUUUCUUUUACACUCUUUUGAAUUUUUGUCUCUCUUUUAUUCUUACUUUUCUUCUCUCUUUUUUUUCUUUUUUUUUUUUGGAAUCUGAUUCCCUUCCUUUCGUUUUCUUCCUCACUCUUUUGUAGUUUGGUCUUAUAAUCGUCUUUCGUUUUCUAUUUUAACUUUCUUUGUAUACCUUUCGUUAUCUUUUGGUAAGCUAUCGUUCUUUCGUGGCUUACAAUAACUUUCUUCAUACGUGGCUGGCUGGACUGUUUUAUACAUUCCAUUUAAAUCCCCCAUUUGCAUUGCAUUAAGGGAUUACUUUCUAUUAACACCAAUAAAAAAAUAUAUCGUGUAUCUGCCAUCCUGUGCAUAUACGGUAUUAUUCACCAAUUCGUCAGUCGUUUUUGAAGUGUUUCGUUAAACGAUUGUCUGUUUACAACACUUAUUGAUUCGAUUUUUAUAUUUCUGAAACAUAUAUAUAUAUAUAUAUAUAUACAUAUAUACUCUUUUAUACGCGUUUUUUUUACUGCGGUUUCCCUUGGUUUUCUUUGAUUACUUUUUCUUUGUUCUCAAGUCUUUAUAAGGUCGCUUACUUUUGCACUUACGAAUUGUUUUCUCUUCAUUCGUUCUUUUACCAUUGUCCUUCUUUAGACAAUUCUUUGGAUCUUUUAUUAAAGUCACUCUUUCUUUUAUUUACCUAUUUUUAAGUAUUUUAUUUUAAUUCGUUAUGAUCGCUAAAUCAUUAUUAUCUACGCUUUCUUUUCUUGCUAUUGCAGUUUUGCAAGUUUCUGCUGAUGGCUGCUCUCAGGACAACGGCUACUACUACUGUAAUCAGGCCUCAGAAGUUGAAUUCAAGGGCGUUGGGUUCUCUUCUUCUUACAACAGAAUUACCGGUAUGGAUUCCGAAAGCUGUGAAUGUACCAGUACUCCUCAAUCCUUUGGUGGUUCUUUGGCUCCUUUCGAUGAAGAACUUUCUUUCCAUUUCCGUGGUCCUGUUCAAUUGAAACGCUUUGCCGUUUACUACCCCGACUCCAACAAAGCUUUGUCUUCUCUGAGAAAGCGCAGCAACCAUAAUCAUAUCAAAGCCGCUGCUAGAGAAGAAGGUGCUCUUAAGAAGCGUGAUGACCCCGCUGAAAGUACCCGUACAGUUUAUGAGACCAUUCUUCGUACUGCCUAUAUCAAUGCUGAUGGCUCCCCUGUCACCUCAGCUCCUGAAGCUUUCCCUGCUUCCACUGCCACUGGUAGCAAUCCUCCUCCCACUACUUCUUCAAGCAGCUCCUCCUCUUUGGGAAGCAGUGCUGCUAUUAGCAUCUCCGCCCCUAAUGAUAUCGGCAAAGGUUUAGCUGCUUCUAGCUUCGUCACUUCUUCCACUUCUUCUGCUUCAUCUGCCUCCGCUAGUCCUACUUCCUCCCCAUCUUCCUCUGGUUCCUCCGACUGGGUUCGUUCUUCUUACUAUGACUCCGAAUCUUCCACCUCGGAUAACAUUGUGUUCAUGAAUAAUAUGGGUGGCACCGCAGGCAGUGGUGUUUGGUCCUCUUGCUUUGGUAACUCUAUAUCCUAUGCUGCUUCUAACGGCGUUGACGGUGCCUCUUCUCCUCAAGUUCUUUCGGACACAAUGCUCAAGUCUGACAAGGAAGUUUCCAUCUGGAGUGCAAACAAGUGCAAUGGUGAUGACUGUGGCUAUUAUCUUUCUGGAAUUCCCGCUUAUCAUGGAUUCUCCGGUACUAAGGUUGUUCUCAUGGAAUUUGCCAUGCCUCACGAUGAUUCCACUAAUUUUGUCAAUGAUAUGCCAGCUAUCUGGGCCUUGAAUGCUCAAGUUCCUCGUACCUUGCAAUAUGGUAAGAAGGAAUGUUCAUGCUGGGACUCUGGUUGUGGUGAGUUUGACAUCUUUGAAGUUUUGAAUUCCGGUAAUGAGAAGAUGGUUUCCACUCUUCAUAGCAAGCAAGGCAGCCAAAACGGCGCUGGUGGUGGUGCUGGAUCAAGUGACUACUUCUCCCGUCCUACUGGUUCUACCAUGGUUGGUGCUGUUGUUUUCGAUACCUCCUCUUCGGCUGUUUAUGUUAUCGAUGUCUCCAAGAGCGGCGUCAACUUUGAUCAAACCUACUCUGCCUCGGAUAUUGCUGGUUGGUUGAAGUCUGAUGCUACCGUUGUUCAACUUGGUUAAACAAAACUAUGAUACCAAUAAUGUAUAUACCUAUCGAUUUUGGUUUCCAUUUCUUUAUUUUUUUUUUCUACACAUAUAUCUAGUUAGUUAUACUUAACUUAUUUUAUCUUUUGAAAUACCUGAUAUUUUUUAUUUCAUACUUAUAUACUAUUUGAGUGACAGAUGGUGAGUACAAUUACCACUCACAAACUUGGAUUUACUGAUUGCUGAGGUUCAAAUCAUAAUAUUGUUAUGUACAUAUUUGCAAUAAAUAUCCUUUGUAUGCUAAAUAAAUUGAUAGCUUGUUAUAGUAG